AUGAAGACCGCAAUGCUUCUUUCUCUGGUCGGGUCUGCCCUGGCGGCUCCCACCCCGACAAUUGAAAACCGACAACUAGGUGGUUCUGGAACCACCGGUGGUCUUGGAGCCCUAGCAAGCCUACUCGGCGAGCUUCCAAGUUCGGCAUCCGGACUAGGCGGGUCUGGUAGUGGCUUUUCUUUCCCCACUGGGGUCUCUACCCCCUCCAGUUUUCCUAACUUGGGGGGUUCCCCAGGAAGCGGAUUUUCUAUCCCUUCCAGCUUCCCUAGUCUGGGGGGAUCCUCGGGAUUCAAGCGUCAACUAGAGUCCUCAACGGAGAAUGGCGUGACCGAGAAUCAGGACUGUCAAGAACUGACUUUGAUUUUCGCUCGUGGAACUGGCGAGCUGGGCAACAUGGGAACUGUAGCCGGGCCACCACUCGCAACGAAACUCCAGUCGUUGACAAACAACAAAGUCACCAUCCAGGGAGUAACUUAUGAUGCCUCUGCUGCGGGUGAUGCAACAAUGGGCGCAGAUGGUGGUCCCACCAUGGCAAGCCUUGUCAAACAGUCCCUCAAACAGUGCCCCAAAUCCAAGGUCGUCCUGGGCGGAUACUCCGAGGGUGCCAUGGUUGUGCAUAACGCAGCAAACAGCCUUACGGCGGACCAAGUUACGGCUGCGGUGCUAUUUGGCGAUCCAUUGAAGAUGGAGAGUGUUGGCAAGCUUUCAAGUGAUAACGUGAAGGAGUUUUGCGCUACUGGUGACCCUGUUUGCGAAAAUGGCGCGAACGUCAUGGCUCAUCUUACCUAUGGAAAUGAUGCCACGGAAGCGGCCCAGUUUUUGAUUAAAGCUGCUGGUAUUUCCACCAGCUCCUAA